GGAUCCAAUGGACACAAACUCUCUUCCUCUCCCCUUGUUCUGUUCACACUGAAAAAUUACUCAAUCCUCCAAAAAGACUCGCGGAAACUCAAUCUUUCUGUUUUUGUAGGGUUAUAUAGUUAAAACCGUUUCCCUUCUUUUCUCUACCUCUAAAAGUUCACAUAGAAAAAUAAGCAAGCUCUCACAGAAAUCCCUAAAACCCAAUCCAAUUAGGAAUAGGGAAAAUACCAAAACAUUGUGAAUUCGAUCACUCGAUCAGAUUAUAUAUCUAUCAAUACAUCCUGUAUAUUCUAAAUUUCAGGCCUCUUCUUGCAUUCCUUUUCUUCUUGCACCCGCCAUUAAUUCCGAUAUCUUCUUUCCGUCUUCUUCUUGCAUUCGUCGUUCAUGGAGUCGAACCUAGUCGACCGGAUCUCCGUCCUCAACGUCUCAAAUUCACACAAACAAGACCGGAGCGAGACACCCAUGUCGGAGUUUCAAUCCAAGCCGUCGGAUCACGAUGAUGCGCCUCAUGAUCGUCUACGACAAGAACAGCCCAAGAAAGAAGAACCAGAGCCGUCCCAGAACAUUACACCAGAUCACAUUAACACCCCGGCAAAACAAGACCGCAAGACGCCGCCGUUCCCGGUGGAAGAUGAAUCAUCGACGAACGACAAGGACGUCGUGGACGACGACGACGAUGGGUUCAAAACGCCGACGUCGCUGGAGCACAAAAUCCCUCCGAUGACAGAAUGCCCGCCUGCACCGGGCAAACCCAAACGCUUUCUAAAGAGAAAAGUGUCGUCGCGGUCGCCGUCGCCUCCGCCGCCGGCUGCUCGCAGAAAGGUUCAGUUUACAACAGCACAACUGGAUAUGAUAUUUUGGUCAACUUUUCCCUCGCCCCGGAUGGGCGCGCCAAAAUCAAGAAAGGCAGACGAUCAGAGUGAUUAGUUAAACUGCAGUUCGAGUUUUGUUCAUCCAUAUUAUUCAUGGUAACCCAUAAUUCAUAAUUAAAUAAAAUUCUGAUCUCUCAGCUCCAUCUUUUUUCGUUUUUUUUUUUUUUUUCAAUUUUUGUUAGAUCUUGGUUAAAGGGAAGAAGACGUUGUAAAGAUGGAAAAAGAAGAAAGAAGAAAGAAGAAAAGAGAGAGAGAUGCAUUGAAAGAUUUUAUGUUUCUUUUGUGCUCGAGGUGUUAUUCUCUUCUCCUGCUAAAGAUAAAAGAUCAUGAAACUGAUGAAAUAUAUAUAUUAUGAUUUUUUUUUCUUUUUCAGGAGCAAUUGCAAUAUAAUAUUGCCACAUUGUGUUUCAAUUGAUAUAUAUAUUAAUUUCGAGUUUUA